CUAUGUUUAAAAGAGGUCAUUUCGUGUCUCGGUCAGGCACCUUGAUCUCGCGUAAAAUUAGGUUACUUUUUUUAAACUUAUAUUUCAAAGUUUGGAAGAGUUUUCGUUACUUGACUUGGAAACUUGACUGCUGAUAUUGGUUCAGUUGAUUUGGUGCAACGAUCGGUCAACCAUGACUAACAUCUCAAAGCGUAGAAAAUCAUCUGCGAAGUUGAAGACUAUGGGUGACCACGACGAGUUCCUUAGUCGAAUAACGAAAUCACUUUACUAUUCGAAAUUGCCAAUGACCGACUGCCUCAGCCUCCCUGUGACAGAAUUAGCUGCCGAACUUUUCACGGAAGUGAAAAGUGGUCGGACACUCGAACGCCUCGACGUCGAGGAAGCAAGCCGCAUAUCUCGCAACGCUUGUGUCUCUCCUUGUUCUCUCGUCUUGGCACUGCUCUACUUAGAACGUCUGAAAGACUGCAAUCCGGAAUACUUGCAACGUGUGGCCCCAUCUGAAUUGUUCCUUGUUUCUCUGAUGGUUGCCAGUAAAUUUUUACACGACGACGGAGAAGAGGAUGAAGUAUUCAACACAGAAUGGGCAGAGUCAGCAGGCUUAUCAUUAUCUGAAAUAAACAGUUUGGAAAAGGAUUUUCUUGUCGCAAUUGAUUGGACUAUAUUCGUUUGCAACAACGAUUUCUGGGACCGUUUACAGAGAUUAGAGAGAGACAUAGCUUACAAAGAAGGCCAAAAGAGAGGUUGGUUCUCCUAUACGGACCUUAAUUUUCUGAUGGACUCGGCACAGCUGAUGGCAGUAAUUCAGACAGUGAUGAGCGUAUCUUCCAUCUGCCUUGCAACUUACGCCGCAGGGAUAGCAACACUUUUGGGAUCAGCCUUAGUGGCGAGUCAGAUUCCGGGAACGUCUCUGACACCUAGCCAAUCGGUCGUUUCGUCUAAAAAUACAUUGCAGACAAGCCAACUUCUCGUACCUGAUCCUGGACCGAUUCUGGACGACAUAUCGUCAGUCGAUGUUCUGACGACCAAAUUUUUAUUAGAUUCUCUGAGCUGUAAUCGGUCCUAUUCAAUGCUUGACCAAACUGAAAAGAGAAACAGAACAAGUGACGAUGUCGCAGGGUGGGAAUGGUGGCUGAGCUCGCUCAUGACUUGGCUUCCUGAUUACUCAGGUCUAAAGUCAAAGUUGAGUCCAAUCGGUGAGCAAAACAUUGAGGAGCAGACCAGAAAUUUCGUGACAAACACAAAAUCAGUAUUCGAUAUCGGCUCACAUCCUCAAACCAAUCGCCACCAAGUUACUGAAAUUAACUGGAAGGAAACGCUGAGUCUAGAUUUGGAAUUUGAAUUGCAAGAUUGGAGACGUUAUGCUGGAUACAUUGCUAAAGUAUCACUCGGUCACAGACACUGAUAAGGAGUAUAAUGACUGACGAUUUGUUUACCCAGUCGCAACGGCGAAGAUUUAGUCCAUCGAUGUCUUUAUCAAUUUAUACAUAGUAGAAAAUUGUCAAAUAUAUUUUUUGUACUAACUCCUUACCGUGUAAACCAUAGUAUUUCACUGCUAAUCAUCAACAGAGUAAUUUUAUACAAUAAAAUUAACCAUAUCCACGCCGUUA